CAUUUGGUGCUUAUGUGUUUUAUUAAUUUAACAUAAAUGCGUCCGCAUUUUGACGUCGGAUCUUUAUUCAAUUAUAGCUAAUUUGGUGCACAACAAAAUAAUGAGGCAACUGUUUGAACUGUGGGAAUGUGUGUGCGAGAAGGCAAACGUGAGAGCCUUCUCUCUAAUGAAAUAAUUUAUCUGACCUACAAUUACUAUGCGUCUUUUGAAGCAAAUAAGGUUAUCAGCUGAAGCGUUAAAAAUUAAACAAAUGGAACUCUUACACCGGUCAGUUGUGAUUUAAAGCAAAACACGACCAAAGCCAGAAUUUUAUGACUGUUAUAAGAAAUUGCGCAACUCUUAAUCACUUUAAAAUCAUUUACAUUCGUUGAAAUUUAACAGUAAAAGUCCUCAUAACGAUUUUGUCCUGACCUUUACUAUGCAAUCAUGUUUAUUAAUUGCCAAAUAUAACUGAUUCAAAACAUAAUCUACUUUUAUUUCACAUUUUGGAUAAACACUUUCAAGAUCACCCUUUUUUUGUUAAAGAAUACAAAUACUUCAGAUACAUAAACGCUUAUGCUCUUUAUGGAAAAAACCUGUACGCUUAACUCCACAAAUAACUUUGGUCAAGUGUUGAGAACGCACGUGCUCACCGUUUGACGAUCGGGCUUGAAAUGCACCGAUCCGACCGAUCUAGCAAACGCAUGAGUUCCACCGUUCUCCAUGAUUAGCUUAAAUUUCUGCGGCUAACGUUUACCGCCUUUUACCACAAUGCGACGGUUCGGAUUUCAAGUGUCCCGGAGGUACGCGGUCAGAAUUUAAAAACGAGCUACGAGAUAAAUGCAUUCAUUUAAUCGAAGAUGCUAGAUAUCCUGCCCGGUAGGUGGGGUCAUUUGAAAUUCAACGAUCGGUACCAUGCUCAGUCUCGAUCGGUUCACCAUGUGUAGCGGACUGUGGCUAUAGAGAAACACAUCACACAGUUUCUGUUUGAUCGUUAAAAUAUAGCUCUGCUAGGGAAAGAAACGCGAUCGGUUGCCAUGGAUUUUGAUUCCAUUCUGGAAAUGUGCGACGGGUUUGGGGCGUAUCAGAAGAUCAUUAUAGGAGUGCUUCUAUUUCCCGCUACAUUCCCUUGUGCUUUUCACGCGUACAGCCAACUUUUCCUAGCCGCAAAACCUAACCAUUGGUGCAAAGUACCCGAAUUCGAUGGAUUUCAUGGUCUUUUGUUGGAGUCACUUAAAAACAUUAGCACACCACAACUUCCACAUUCGGAUGGUACGAUGGGAUACUCCAAAUGUUCCAUGUAUUCGCGUAAUUAUUCCGAAAUUGCUAAUAUGAUCCGGUUGCAGCAGGAUGGGGAGAAUAUAUCUCUCGAACAACUACAAUCGCCGAGCGGUGUUAUGCCAUGCCGGGAUGGUUGGAUCUACGAUCAAUCCAUCUUCAACUCCACCGUAGUAACCGAGUGGAAUCUAGUGUGUGAUCGAGACUUUGACACUACAACGGCACUGAUGUUAUUCGGUGUUGCCGGGCUGAUCGGUAAUCUGGGAUUCGGUUACAUGCAGGACUACUGGGGACGCAAACUUUCGUUCUAUCUCUGCCUGGUGGUGCAGGUGACGGCCGGUGCAGUUGGAGCGGCUAUGUGGAGCUACGGAUCUUGGCUAAUGACCCGCAUCAUUGUAGGUCUCACCGUACCGGCCAUCUUGUCAAGUCCGUAUAUGCUGGCAAUUGAACUGGUAGAACCAAGGCGUCGCAAUUUCUGCACCAUUAUCUCCAACAUUGCGUACUCGGUAGGGUUAGUCCUGCUGUCGGUGAUCGUGUACUAUGAACGAGACUGGCGCUCGCUGUCAAUCGCUGUUUCCGUUCCACUGUUGGUGCUGUUUCUGUUCUACAGUCUAAUUCCCGAAUCACCACGCUGGCUUGCAGCACGUGGCAAGUACAGUCUGGCGAAAGGGAUUCUCUUAAAAAUGGCCAAAGUGAAUGGUAAAACGAUCGAUGAUGGCUAUCGGCAGUUACUGGACGAACGGAUUAAGGCCCUAUCGUUGGAGGAUGCUCCAGAUCCUGCUGCGAAUUCGCACGCAAACGAAAUCGGACUGCGGCAUUUGUUCGCCAAACCGCAGAUGCGUCGGAAGACAACGUUCGUGGCGUUUAUCUGGCUAACGAACACGAGCGUUUACGUGGGUCUUAGCUAUUACGCGCCUGCUCUUGGAGGCGAUGAGAUCUUCAACUUUUUUCUAGCCGGUUUGGUCGAAUUGCCGACGUAUAUUGUGCUAUGGCCCAGCCUGAACUUGUUCGGUCGUCGUGGUGUGCUCUUUACGACGAUGGUUAUCGGUGGGCUGGCCUGUGCACUAACGAUCGUUCCGCAAGGUCGUACUACAACAUUAAUUCUUUACUGCAUCGGUAAAAUGGGAGUUUCGUCGGCGUUCGUUGUCGUUCCGCUGACCGCCUCGGAAAUCUAUCCAACCGUUGUCCGAGGCUUGGGAAUGAGCUUUUGCUCUGUGGUCGGUAUGCUGGGCCCAAUCGUUAUACCACUGAUGAACUACACGGGAAAGGAAAACGUUGCCAUUCCACUGGUGAUCAUGGGUCUCGCAUUGACGGCCGGUGGUAUUGCGAGUUUGUUCCUGCCGGAAACGAAAAAUAUGCCACUGCCUCAAACACUGGCCGAUGGGGAGAAGAUCACACUGACGAACCCGUUCCAGGAUCCAUUCUACAGAAGGAAACGGACACACGUAGUGAAACAGUAGUGCAGUAGUCGGAGGGAGAUUAAUACAAUCGAGUUCGGAAAUUUGUCUUCAUUGCGCAUUAUGCAUGUUUAACAGUUAUUGUUGUGUUUUAUUGUUAAAAGAAAAAAAAACAUGGACAAACUUACACACCCCGUGGGUAGGGUUGUUUACGUUGUUGUAGCAGAAA